UUGAGAUAAACAGUGAGAAAAUGGUCGAAUAAAAUUUGCUAAAUAAUAAAAAUAUUAUCUUAUCUCGUCUCCAAAUGUUAAUUCCGACAUCUACUUUGGAAAAAUUCAGCCGAAACUUUCGACGAUUUACUGGCAGAAUGGCUAUCGUUACGCUCUACAUGCUACCCAUGUUGCUUGGAAGAACGUACGACAUUGGAAAACACGUAACGGGAGUCGAUAUAUUCUCAAAAGAAGACGUAAAUAAUGUUUUGACUAUAAAUAAUUAUAAUGCCAAUUCUCGUUACACGUUAGUCGGAAGAUCGAACGAAGCUAAAAAUCUUUUAGACGUCUCCGGAAGUUUAUCGUUGAAGAUUAAAGGUCUGGGGAUGAAGAUUAGUGGAGGGGGCAGUUAUUUACGGGAUACUUCAAAACGCAGUAGAUCUACAGAAAUACUAAUUCGAGUACAUUACGAAACUGUAACUAAGACCUUGCAUUCGAGGAUCAAACCUUUAUCCAACUGGAGAAAUUUUAAAACUUUGGGUACGCAUUUUUGUCGAAGUAUUACUUACGGAGGAGAUUUAAUAGCGUCUUUAGUAUUUAAAGCGGAAAAAGAGGAGGAUAAAGAAAAAAUACAGGCGCACGUUCAGGGAGAACUUCAAGUCGGUGGCAGUUUCGAUGCUAAUAUACAAGGAAAAUUAAGCAAGUUACAAGAGGAUCUUAAAGGGACCGCAUCCAUGGAAAUUAAUUAUUACGCUACGGUACCCGUUCACGGAAUACCGAGAACCUUGAAAGGCCUUAUGGAAAUAGUAAGUAACUUUCCCCAACACGUCAAAGAUAUCAACGACGGAUUAGGAGUUCCUUUAACAAUGGAGCUAUAUCCACUGAGCUUCUUGGAUACUUUCUUCCCUCCGGAGUCGCAUAACAUUAUUUUAGAGCCGUAUAUGGAACGUUUAGAAGUUCAAUUAGACGACCUCCUGGCUACAGAACAAAGUCUGGCCGAUUGGUUAUCGAAGAUUCCUCCAUUGCAACCGCCUAAAUUCUUCCAAUCGAUCAAUCGAUUUAGAGCAAAAAUUCAAAAUAUUAUGGAACAAUUUCGCCAAACCAUCUCCGAUUUAGAUACAUCGUCUUCUGGAAGAACCGAGCAGUUUCAAUCGGCUUUUCAGCUCUAUCAGGGAGACGAUUCGUCGCUUCCGGAUAAAUAUCUACGUCAAUUCCGACGGCUUAAAAGUGAACUGGAAACAGAAUACCCAGAAAUUCGAUCAGACUUGGGGGGCGCAAAAUAUAUUAACUGGGGGCAAGAAGAUUGCGAAAAUCCCGGAGUGGAGACGUCGUAUUCCGGAGUUAUGGCGACGACGGAGAAAGAUUCCUUCUGCCUUCCAUCGGAUAAUUAUCUAGAAGAUGCGAAAAUUGCUUCAUCCAAAUUUAAUCCAAUUAUAUCCGAUGUUAAAUGUUCUUUGUGCAACGCGAUUAAUAGAACCGUUACGUUUGUUCAAGCGGGAAGAAAAGAAUGCCCCGAAGGUUGGACUUACGAGUACGAAGGCGAAUUAGUGGAAGCUGGAACGUACUUGUGUAUGAAUCGUGGAAAUAAUAUAGAAAUGCCCUUUAAACGCGUUACCGCUUCUUGCGGAAUUCUCGCUUGCGAUAAUUACGAAGGAAAACGGCUAAAUUGCGUAGUGUGUACUAAAUAAAAGCAUUUUUACGGUGGCGAAAGAUGCAAUUAAUCGAGUAAAAAAAUAAACGAUUCAUUUCAAAUCUAAAAUAAUAAAAUGCGUUAACUUUCUAAGCCAAAUUUUUGGAAACAGAGUUUUCAGAAUAAAUGUAUUAAUUAACAAUAAACUUUUACAGUUUCCUUUUAUUUUUA